AUGCAGGCACUCUUCGACAUCCCGCGCAUGAAGAAGGAGUCAGCUGCAUCACUACAUGGGUUGGUUGACGAGUUCGAGCGGCAUACGAAAAUCUUGCAUCAACUGGGAGAACCAACCGACGCUUGGAGCACUAUAUUGGAACAUCUGCUGUGUACGCGCCUCCACGAUGAUUCACUGAAGGCAUGGGAGGACCAUGCGUCGACGGUAGCGAAUCCGGACUACGCCUGUCUCAUCGAGUUUCUGCAGCGGAGAACACGAGUGCUAGAAUCCAUCUCUGUGAACCAUCAUACAGUAGAAUCAGCGUCAACUUCUGGUAUUUCAGCUCAUCCACCAAAGAAGAAUCAUCUCCACUCUCAGUUCCGCUUUACUUCGUGUGCGUCGACUGCAAGUUUGGGUGAAAAGUGCAUCGCCUGCAACCAGUCGCAUUCCGUGACGAAGUGUCAGAAAUUCAACCGGAUUUCACCGAGUGAACGUCAGCAGCUUGUGAAUUCCAAACGCCUUUGUCACAACUGCUUGAAGGGUGAUCAUUUUGUCCGCAAUUGUCCUUCAAAUUUCAGCUGUCGGAAGUGCAAUCGACGUCACCAUACGCUUCUUCAUUCCGGGCAGAGCGAUGGUUCCCGAAAGAACGUUAGCGAAGGAGCUUCCUCUAGUCCUGGUGCAACCGCUUCUACUACGCCAUCUAAUGGGUCUUCUGUGGUCGAGUUAUCUACGCAAUCUACGGUGGCUGCUACUGAGAAUGUUCCUGUGGUCGAAGUUAGUUCUGCUCUACAACAUCCUCGCGAAGACGUCUUUCUUCUCACUGUCAUUGUGAAGGUCAUCGACACCUACGGUGUGGAACAUCUAGCUCGUGCACUUCUGGACAGUGCAUCGCAGCCGAAUCUCAUCACGAAUCGCAUGGCGCAAAUUCUACGAUUGCGGAGACAACCCGUGAAUGUUACGGUACAGGGAGCCGGCAAGCUAUCUAAGCCGGUACGUGCAUCGGUGUUUGCACAGGUACAUUCAAGGACGGGUGACUUUUCGUGUGGUGUCAACUUCUUGGUGAUGGACAAAGUGACGGCAAAUCUCCCUUCGCAAAGUGUUUCAACUGUGGGAUGGAAGAUUCCGAAGGGGUUGCUUCUGGCUGAUCCAUCCUUCAACGAAAGUCAACCGAUCGACAUGGUUUUGGGUGCUCGGCACUUCUACUCCUUCUUCCCCAGCGCUGCACGCAUUCAGCUUGAUAGAAAUCUUCCGAUUCUGGUCGACAGCGUCUUCGGCUGGAUUAUCGUAGGCUCGGCUAGCACAAACCCCCCCGAGCAGACUGCUCCUACGCCCACCACUUGCAAUGCAGUCACUGUUUCAAUGCUUUCGCUAGAGGAUUGCUUGGAGCGUUUUUGGAAAACCGAAGAGCUGACAACGAGCGAUAAUUAUUCGAUAGAAGAACGGCGCUGCGAAUCUCUGUACCAAUCUACCGUUUCUAGGGACUCCGAAGGCAGAUAUGUUGUACGAUACCCCCGAAAACCUGAUUUUGAUGUGAUGCUAGGCGAAUCCAGAAGCAGUGCACAGCGACGGUUCGGAUAUCUGGAAAGACGACUGGAACGAGACUCGAAAUUGAAGGACGAAUAUCAUCAGUUCAUGCGAGAGUAUCUCUCCCUCGGCCACAUGCGGCUGGUCGAAGCGGACGACGAACGCAACUCUCCCACCUACUAUCUACCUCACCACCCCGUAAUUAAGGAAGCAAGUACGACGACCAAGGUCCGGGUCGUGUUUGAUGGCUCUGCGAAAACUUCUUCCGGCUUCUCCCUCAAUGAAGCUCUUUGCGUUGGUCCCGUGGUGCAGGACGAUCUGCUGAACAUUAUCUUGCGGUUUCGAACCUUUCCCGUUGCUCUCGUCGGAGAUAUUGCCAAAAUGUACAGGCAGGUACAGGUCCACUCUGACGACACACCGUUACAACGCAUUCUGUGGCGAUUCUCCCAACAUUCUCCAGUACAGACGUACGAACUACUGACCGUUACUUACGGCUUAGGUCCAUCAUCGUUCUUAGCGACACGAACUCUCCAGCAACUAGCGGUGGAUGAAGGUGAUGCGUACCCGGUAGGCGGUCCAGCAUUGAAAAAGAGUUUUUACGUCGACGAUUUCAUCGGUGGAGCUGAAACAAUUGAAGAAGCUAUCCGUAUGCGAGUAGAGCUGAGCGAACUUCUGCAGAAAGGAGGAUUCGAGCUCAGAAAAUGGACGUCGAACUGUCUGGAAGUCCUCCAAGGUCUCUCCGACGAUCAAAUCGGCACGCAGUCCGCGUUGCACUUUAGUCCCCACGAAACCAUCAAAGCACUUGGAAUUAGCUGGGAGCCUGAAGCAGAUUACCUCCGUUUUCAUUCGCAGAUUCGAACAAGCAGUGAACCUCCAACGAAGCGGUCUAUCCUCUCCGACAUCGCCAAGUUAUUUGACCCUCUUGGACUCAUUGCCCCCGUCGUCGUACGUGCGAAAAUCCUGAUGCAGGAAUUGUGGUUGUUGUCCUGUGAUUGGGAUGAUCCUGUUCCAGAACCGAUCAAAUCGAGAUGGGAAAUCUACCACCAAGAGCUGGUGAAAAUAUCUGAGCACCAUGUCAACAGAUAUGCAUUACUUCCGAGUUCCGUUAUACAGCUGCACACUUUCGCGGAUGCUUCCCAGGCAGCAUAUGGAGCUUGUACGUACGCCCGAUGUGAAGACGACCAAGGAAAGGUGAGGAUUCAACUGCUAGCGUCGAAAUCCCGAGUAGCCCCGCUGAAACGAAUCACCAUCGCCCGUUUGGAAUUAUGCGCAGCCGUGCUAGCCGCUCAUCUACACGCGCGAAUCAAAAAGGCCAUCGACGUCAACGUUUCUGCAUCGUACUUUUGGUCAGAUUCCGCAGUCACUCUACAGUGGUUACGAUCACCUCCGAACGUCUGGCCGACCUUCGUCGCAAACAGAGUCUCGGAAAUACAGCAGUACACGAACGGAUGUCAGUGGAAUCACGUUCCCGGAGCUGAAAACCCUGCCGACCUGGUCUCGCGCGGCAUGUCAGUCGACGAAUUUCUACAAAGCGACUUGUGGAGCUGUGCCCCAGGCUGGUUGUCACUGUCACCACAAGAUUGGCCAAUCUUCAUUCCCCCAGGCGUGCCAGCAGAAGAGCUGGAGUUAAAAACUACGGUUGCACUCACCCAAGCAGUUCCUACCGUUCAUCCCUGGUUUCUCCGUUGGUCUUCCUACAGCCGAUUACUCCACGUCAUCGGAUAUUCAGAACUAGCCAAUGCCAAAACGUUUCUCGUCCGACUCGCCCAGCAGGAUGGAUACGCCGCAGAAAUAAAGCAACUGGAGAAGGAAAGCGCCGUGCCGAAGCAGUCCCACAUUCGCCGAAUGAGCCCAUUUUUUGACCCAGAGAGAGUGUUGAGAGUGGGAGGUCGUUUAAAUCUUGCCCAGUUACCCUAUCAAGCAAAGCACCCUGCGCUUAUUCCCACCAACCAUCCGUUCACUCGACUAAUCGCUGAACAUUUUCAUCGCAAACUGCUGCACGGCGGCGGGCGCCUGCUGCUCACUACGAUUCGCGAGGAAUUCUGGCCACCCCGCGGCCGUAGACUGGUUCAAAGCGUAGUACGAAAUUGCUUCCGUUGUACUCGUCUUAAUCCAAUACUGGCCCAACAACAAAUCGGUCAGUUACCUGCCCAGCGUGUGAUCCCAAGUCGUCCAUUCAGCAUCACCGGUGUCGACUAUGCUGGCCCACUAUACCUUCGCCCGAUACACAAACGUGCUGCACCUGCAAAGACUUACCUGUGCCUCUUUGUAUGCUUUUCAACCAAAGCAGUGCAUUUGGAAUUAGUCAGUGAUUUGUCCACUCAAGCAUUCUUGUGUGCCCUGCGACGAUUUAUCGCACGUCGUGGACGGCCCACACACAUCCACUCAGACAACGGGAAAAAUUUCGAGGGGGCAAAAAAUGAGCUGGCUGAACUGUUUGCCAGAUUUUAUAACCGUGCUGAACAGGCUGAAAUAGCUUCUGUGUGUGCCGAGGAAGGGAUCACCUGGCAUUUGACACCACCCAAGGCACCUCACUUUGGCGGCCUGUGGGAGGCAGCAAUCAAAAUAGCCAAAAAACAUUUGUACCGACAGCUCGGUUCAUCUCGCCUUACGUUCGAGGCUAUGUGUACCGUACUAACACAAAUCGAAGCGAUCAUGAAUAGCCGACCAUUGCUUCCACUUUCGGAGGACCCCAACGACCUAGCUGCAUUGACACCAGCGCACUUUCUCGUCGGUUCAUCACUACAUGCCCUGCCCGACCCAGAUUUAAUGAACGUACCUGCCAACAGACUCGACCACUAUCAACAGCUGCAAGUGCAUGUGCAGCAAUUUUGGUCGCACUGGAAGAAGGAGUACCUACAAGAGCUGCUGAAAGAUACCCGCGGAUGGAAACGCAACAACGAAAUUGUUCCGGGGAAAAUGGUCAUCUUAGUCGACGAAAUGCAACCACCGAUUCGAUGGCCACUUGCCCGCAUAGAAGCAGUUUUGCCCGGCAAAGAUCAUCUCGCACGAGUUGUUUUGCUCCGUACAGCUCGUGGCAUCAUCACUCGUCCGAUCGCUAAAAUUUGUCUACUACCUUACUCUACGGUGGCAUCCGAAGCAGAAAAACAUCCAGCAACUAUCAGCGACGCACCUACAACCUAA